AUGGCGCAGGCCAAGGUCUUGGCCAGACUCCAGAAAGAGAGCAAAUGCCCCAUCUGUCUGGACGACCUGACAGGCCCAGUCACCAUUGAGUGCAGACAUAACUUCUGUCAUUCUUGCAUCAAAAAAUGCUGGGCAGAGCAGCCAGCUGUGUCCUGUCCUGUCUGCCAACACAGGAACCUUGGAAGCAAUGCCCAGCUUGGAAAAGUGAUUGAAACUGCCCAGCUGUUCCAAGGCAUGAAGAGCAAAAGGAAGCACCAGGAAAGCAUCACCAGUUGCGAGAAGCACAACCAGGGCUUCACCUGCUUCUGUGAGAAUGACUUGCAGCUGCUGUGUGACCAAUGCGUGGAGCAGGAGAACCACGAGCUCCAUCAGGUGACAUCAAUUACAGAGGCUGCCUCUCUCCACAGGAAAAACCUUCAGGGCUAUAUCAAGUUCCUCAAGUGGCACAUGGAACACGUUCAAGAGUUAAUGAACACGCAAAGCAUGCGGGCCCUGAGGGAGGAGGCAGAAGCACAGAGGUUGCAACUAACUUCUGAGUUUGAGCGGCUUGUCCUGUUUCUAGAUCGGGAACAGCAGGCAGCUCUCUCCAGGUUAGACAAUGAGGAGAAGAAGCUUGAGAAGACACUGUUUGAUAACAUAGCAACAUUAGAACGCUAUGGCACCAUGCUCAGAGACCUCCUGAGCCAGUUGACGCUGACCACAGAGUUCUCUGAAGUCGAGAUGCUGUCCACAGUCAGUGACUUUUACCAGAAUUUUAAUAGUCGGCUCAUCAACCCACCCACCCUUUCCCAGUUGAGAAGAGAAGCAUUCAACUUUCCUCUCCAAUAUUCAGCCCUGCAGAAAGUUAUACAGCAAUUUACCGAUGAUGUUACUCUAGACCUGAAAACAGCCCAUCCAAACCUGCUGAUUUCUGAGGAUAGAACAUGUGUGACAUUUACAAACGAAAGACAGAGUGUGCCUGAUUCUUCAAGUUUUACCAAGAGCCCUGUCGUGUUGGGGGUUCCACAUUUUAAUUCUGGGAGACAUUUCUGGGAGGUGUGGGUAGGAAAGAAGCCAGAGUGUGCUAUUGGUAUUUGCAAAGCUGAUUUAUCCAUCAAACAAAGGUGGUCCUCUAACCCCCAGGGAUGCUGGAGUCUUAUUUGUCAGGGGGACAGCUUCAGUGUCUCAGGAGCUGACCCAGAGUCUCAGCUGACGGCUUCAAGAGCCACAAGCAUUGGUGUUUUCCUGGACUAUGAACUAGGAGAGGUUUCCUUCUACAGCAUGCCUGAGAAACAUCACCUCUAUACUUUCAGGGGCACUUUUACUGGGCCUAUUUGCCCUUAUUUCUACAUAGGACCUCAGUCAGAACCUCUUAGACUCUGCUCUGCCAAGGGUUCUGUAAGCAAACCCACACAGUGGCCUUAACUUUAACAGGUUUGUUCAUUUUCUGCACUCUC